GAUUUGCGUUGUGAGUUGUAAUGUUAACACUAGACAGAACUAAUGAUCCCAGUGAGCCAUGUGGUACACUACCUAUCAAAUUAGCCUAUACCUCUGAAUGCCAAGCAUUCCAUUUCCAUGUAUGAUACACAUACUAAUUAUAAAAUAAAUUAAAAAAAGCGAGUGACUCACACGAUAAUUGCUGGAGACGAGCAUCGACCCACACCAUCCACUCCAGCUGUGCGUAAAAGGAGCGCUGUGGCACAAUGGCGCAUCAUCAGGCAGUGCGCGCUGUCCUUCUCUCUUUCAGCAUCUAAAAUAAUCCAGCAGAAAGGUGUAGACAUACCGGCACACACAUAUUUACACAUAAAACAUUCAUCUUUUUAUUUUUACGCAGGUACAUUUAAGGGGGAUUACGCACGGUGUACACUGAUGGAGCUCGUGAAACUUGUCCUAAUAGUUGCGCUGCUUCUGACAAAUGUUUUCUCUCAAGAACUGGAUGUUGACAACUGGAGAGAAGGCAUCGAAAAGGACACAUGGCCAAAUGCUGAUGUAAUUCAAGAUAUUUUAGUGAGAAUGACCAGAAAACCAGGACCACGCCAAUAUCUCGGACUAAUGGGGAAGAAAGACUCCGCAAAAACGCAGACAGCACGUAAACGGCAUAGAUUUCAAACCUUUGUGGGUCUGAUGGGUAAAAGGAGCUUUGAGGAUCAAGGUGAGAUUCUUCCAACAGUGACACCCAGUACACUGAAGGGCAAUUUGGGUGAAAUCCUGCGUGGUAACCGCUGACUUCCUCCCAGAGAGCAGCACAGAAGAUUGAGGAUCUGCGUUUGUCUUCUCGCUUUGUUUAAUUUCAGACUGACAUGUUUUUCUUGAAUUUGGUCUGUCAUAGUUUUAUUAAAAAUGUCACAUUUAACAGUCGAGUUUGACACAGUUGUUAUUGAUAAGAUUCCUUUUAGGCAAACAGCACCAUCUCGUGUUCAAAUAAAAGAGAAAACGUACAAUGUAUGACUAAAAUAAAGUAAAUAGUCAUAUUUAAAUAACGUUUCAUGUAAAAAAAAAAAAAAAUAUAUUGGUAUUUUAUUGAUAAAAUACCAAAGUAUUACCACCUAACCAGAAAUUGUCCACAACAGUUUUCAUAACAAACCCAUCUCACUCCUCAAUAUCAUCACAGGUUUAUUAAGUGACUUUGUACAAUACAAAUG